CUCACUAAUCCAAUCAUUGUUCUCUGCUGCUCUCUGUACCGCCCACAUUCCACUCACAGCCAAUGAGCUCCUCUCUCACCUCUUCCUGCUGCACAGCCACAGUGGGAGAAAGAGUUAAGUAAGGGAGCGGGACGGCACUAAUGGUGGCACUAAAGGAGCACAUGAGCUGAUUAUUCCCAGGGACACUUUGCUACUGAUUGUGGUCACUUCCAGUUCAGUCCCUCCCACAAGGAGCCAAUGGGAAUGUGGGAGGAAGCGAGUGACACAGGGAUGAAGGGGAAGAAGAAGGAUAAAAAUGAGGAGGAGGAGGAGCGGGGGAAGAAGGAGAGAAUGGUGAAUCUGACACUGGAGAUGAUCUAUCUGCUGACUGGAGAGCACUACAUCCCUAGGAAGAAGUCAGAUGAUGGGGGGGCCCUGCAUGCCCCUGGCUCCGUCAUACAGAAGGAAAAUAACAAGAAUGACAAGAAGAUCCUGGAACUCAUGUCCAACAUCAUCCAGCUGCUGACUGGAGAGUGGGACUAUAUAAAAGGAAACAAGGACCUGUAUGAGGAAGGGAUGAAGGAGGAGCCCCAGCAGCUCCACCCACUGGCAACCUGUGAAUAUAAAGAUGAGAGCAAUGUUACAGCACAUAUGGAAGCAACUUCAUGCUGUAAUAAUAACGGAAAUCAUAUGAACCCAGAAAUAUCUCCAAUAGAACCGUCCCCACCAGCCAAUGGUAUUAAAGAGGAAGCAACUUCAUGUGUAGAGGGAAACCAAUCAGAUUGCAGAAUUAAUCCAUUUACAGAACAGAUACAGGGAACAGAUACACCUACUCCUAUCAUGGGAUACAGCCUGAAUAACAGAUUGGCAACUAAUUAUAUAUCAGAUGGGAUUAAAGAGGAAGUUGUUUCAUGUAAAGAGGAAACCCAAUCAGAUUGCAGCAUUAAUCCAUUUACAGAACAGAUACAGGGAACAGAUACACCUACUCCUAUCAUGGGAUGCAGCCUGAAUAACAGCUUGGCAGAAACUUAUAUAUCUGUUGUUAUUAAAGAGGAAGCAGCUUCAUGGGAAGAGGGAAACCAAUCAGAUUGCAGCAUUAAUCCACUUACAGAACAGAUACAGGGAACAGAUACAUCUUCUCCUAUAAUGGAAUGCAGCCUCUUAAAAAUGAAGGCUAAUAAAUAUGAUGGAAAUUCAUAUUGGUCACCAAAAAAUAUAUUACGUAGAAAAUACAGUUGCAAUGAGGGCCAUAAAUAUCUGAUUCACAAGAGAGACUUUGAUAAACAUCAAAUGACCCACAAAAGACAGAAAUCUUUUUCUUGUUCUGAAUGUGGGAAAUGUUUUGCCUCUUCAUCAGAACUUACUGUCCAUCUAAGUCAAAUGCACACAGGGGAGAAACCUUUUUCCUCUUCAUCAGGACUUACUGCCCAUCAACAAGGAGCCCACAUGAAGGGAAAACCUUUUUUCUGUUCUGAAUGUGGGAAAUGUUUUUCAAAACGAUGUCACUUUGUUCGUCAUCAAAUGAUUCACACAGGAGAGAAACCUUUUUCUUGUUCUACAUGUGGGAAAUGUUUUUCAGAUCGAUCUCACCUUACUCGUCAUCAAAGGAUUCAUACAGGAGAGAAACCUUUUUCUUGUUCUGUAUGUAAGAAAUGUUUUUUAGAUCAAUCUAGCCUUAGUCGUCAUCAAUUGAUUCACACAGCAGAAAAAACAUUUUCCUGUUCAGAAUGUGAGAAAUGUUUUUCAAAGCAAUCUAGCCUUGUUAGUCAUCAAAGGACUCACACAGGAGAGAAACCAUUUUCUUGUUCUGAGUGUGACAAAUGUUUUGCCACUUCAUCAGAACUUAUUAUCCAUCAGAGAACCCACACAGGAGAGAAACCGUUUUCCUGUUCAGAAUGUGAGAAAUGUUUUUCAAAGCAAUCUAGCCUUGUUAGUCAUCAAAUGAUUCACACAGGAGAGAAGCCAGGAGAGUGUGGGAAAUGUUUUUCCUCUUCAUCAGGACUUACUGCCCAUCAACAAGGAGCCCACAUGAAGGUAAAACCUUUGUCCUGUUCUGAAUGUGGGAAAUGUUUUUCAGAUCGAUCUCACCUUAUUCGUCAUCAAAUGAUUCACACAGGAGAGAAACCUUUUUCGUGUUCUGAAUGUGGGAAAUGUUUUUCAGAUCGAUCUCACCUUAUUCGUCAUCAAAUGAUUCACACAGGAGAGAAACCUUUUUCGUGUUCUGAAUGUGGGAAAUGUUUUGUCUCUUCGUCACAACUUGCAACCCAUCGUCAACGAGCCCACAUGGGGAAGAAACCUUUUUCUUGUAAUGACAAGAAGAUCCUGGAACUCAUGUCCAACAUCAUCCAGCUGCUGACUGGAGAGGUUGCCAUAAGGACUGGUCAUGUUUCCAUCUAUUUUUCCUUGGACGAGUGGGACUAUAUAAAAGGAAACCAGGACCUUUACAGGGAAGGGAUAAAGGAGGAGCCACAGCAGCUCCACCCACUGGACUGUGAAUAUGAAGAUAAGAGAGAUAUUACAGCUGAUCUGGAAGAAACAUUAUGUUAUAAUAAUGAGACAAGCAAGAUUGGGGCUGAAGGAGCAGAUUUUUGUGUCAAUGACAAUCACACAAACCCUCAAAUUUACAAAGAGGAGCAGCCCCCAACAGCCAAUGGGAUUAAAGAGGAAGUGGCUUUAUGUGAAGAGGGGAACCAAUCAGAUUGCAGCAUUAAUGCACUUACAGAACUGGCACAGGGAACAUAUACUCCUAUCAUGGGAUACAACCCCUUAAUAAUGCAGGAUAAUAAAUAUAAUGAAAAUGCCUAUAAGUCCCCACAUGAAUCACUCGAAACAAAACCGAUUCUUCAGAAAAGAGACAUUGAUAGACACCAAAGAACCCAUACAACAGAGAAACACUUUUCUCAUCACUUAAAUCUUCACAAUCAUCUUAGCAUUCAUGCAGGUAAGAAACCAUUAUCAUCAUUAGAACUUACUGUGCAUCGACAAACCUACACAGAUGAAAAACCUUUUUCUUGCUCUGAAUGUGGAAAAUGUUUCUCAACUCAUAAGAUCCGUGCUCGUCAUCAAAAGAUUCACACAGGGGAGAAACCAUUUCCUUGUUCUGAAUGUGGGAAAUGUUUUGCCAGAUCAUCAGAGCUUACUGUCCAUCAACGGAACCACACUGGAGAGAAACCUUAUUCUUGUUCUGAAUGUGGUAAAUGUUUCCCAACUCAUUACCUCCUUGCUCGUCAUCAAAAGACUCACACAGGGGAGAAACCAUUUCCUUGUUCUGAAUGUGGGAAAUGUUUUCGCAGAUCAUCAGACCUUACUGUCCAUCAACGAACCCACACAGGAGAGAAACCUUAUUCUUGUUCUCAAUGUGGGAAAUGUUUUACUACUUCAUCAGAACUUAAUGUCCAUCGACGCACACACACGGGAGAGAAACCCUAUUCUUGUUUCCAAUGUGGGAAAUGUUUUACCACUUCAUCAGACCUUAAUGUCCAUCAACGAACCCACACUGGAGAGAAACCUUAUUCAUGUUCAGAAUGUGGGAAAUGUUUUUCGAAAAACAGUCACCUCAAACAUCAUCACAGAACUCACACAGGGGAGAAACCUUUCUCUUGUUCUGAAUGUGGGAAAUGUUUUACACAUAACGGUAGUCUUAAAGUACAUUUAAAAAUGCACAAAGGAGGAGCAGAUUUUUGUGCCAAUGGAAAUCACACAAGCCUGGAAAUUUCUCCAGAGGAACAGGCCCCACCAGCCAUUGGGAUUAAAGAGGAAGGCCCUUCAUGUGAAGGGGGAAACCAAUCAGAUUGCAGUAUUAAUCCUCUUACAGAUACACCUAUUCCAGUCAUAGGAUACAAACCCUUAAUAAUGAAGGAUAAUAAAUAUAAUGAAAAUGCCUUUACGUCCCUGCAUGUAUCACACGUAACAAAACAGAUUCUUCAGAAAAGAGACAUUGAUAGACACCACAACACUCAAACUCAACUUAAAUAUCAUCACAGAACCCAAACAGGGGAAAAAACAUUUUCUUGCUCUGAAUGUGGAAAAUGUUUCUCAACUCAUCAGAUCCUUGCUCGUCAUCAAAAGAUUCACACAGGGGAGAAACCAUUUCCUUGUUCUGAAUGUGGGAAAAGUUUUGCCAGAUCAUCAGACCUUACUGUCCAUCGACGAAUCCACACGGGAGAGAAACCUUAUUCUUGUUCUCAAUGCGGGAAAUGUUUUACCACUUCUUCAGACCUUAAUGUCCAUCGACGAAUCCACACGGGAGAGAAACCCUAUUCUUGUUCUGAAUGUGGGAAAUGUUUUUCGAAACAUACUCACCUCAAACAUCAUUACAGAACUCACACAGGGGAGAAAUCUUUCUCUUGUUCUGUAUGUGGGAAAUGUUUUACAAAUAACGGUAGUCUUAAAGUACAUUUAAAAAUGCACAACGGAGGAGCAGAUUUUUGUGCCAAUGGAAAUCUCACAAACCAUGAAAUUUCUCCAGUGGAACAGCCCCCACCAGCCAAUGGGAUUAAAGACGAAGGCCCUUCAUAUGAAGGGGGAAACCAAUCAGAUUGCAGAAUUAAUCCACUUACAGAUACACCUACUCCAGUCAUGGCAUACAACCCCUUAAUAAUGCAAGAUAAUAAAUAUAAUGAAAAUGCCUAUAUAUCCCCACAUGAAUCCCACGUAACAAAUCAUAUUCUUCAGAAAAGAGACAUUGAUAGAAACCACAAAACUCAAGCUCAACUUAAAUAUCAUCACAGAACCCACACAGGGGAGAAACCUUUUUCUUGCUCUGAAUGUGGGAAAUGUUUCCCAACUCAUUAUCUCCUUGCUCGCCAUCAAAAAUCUCACACAGGGGAGAAACCAUUUCCUUGUUCUGAAUGUGGGAAAUGUUUUGGCAGAUCAUCAGAUCUUAUUGUCCAUCAACGAAUCCACACAGGGGUAAAACCUUAUUUUUGUUCUCAAUGUGGGAAGUGUUUUACUACUUCAUCAGAACUUAAUGUCCAUCGACGAACCCACACGGGAGAGAAACCUUAUUCAUGUUCUCAAUGUGGGAAAUGUUUUACCACUUCUUCAGACCUUAAUGUCCAUCGACGAACUCACACAGGAGAGAAACCUUAUUCUUGUUCUGAAUGUGGGAAAUGUUUUUCGAAACAUAGUCACCUCAAACAUCAUCACAGAACUCACACAGGGGAGAAACCUUUCUCUUGUUCUGAAUGUGGGAAAUGUUUUACACAUAACGGUAGUUUAAAAGUACAUUUAAAAAUGCACAAAGUAGGAGCAGAUUUUUGUGUCAAUGGAAAUCUCACAAACCAUGAAAUUUCUCAGGCGGAACAGCCCCCACCAGCCAAUGGGAUUAAAGAGGAAGGCCCUUCAGGUGAAGGGGAAAACCAAUCAGAUUGCAGCAUUAAUCCACUUGUAGAUACACCUAUUCCGGCCAUGGGACACAACCCCUUAUUAAUGCAGGAUAAUAAAUAUAACGAAAAUGCCUAUAUAAAUACCUUUAAAUGGGUUGUUUAACCAGGUGUGCAGUUUUGUCUAUUAUAUGUCACAAUAGCAGGAGACUUUUUUUCAUGUGGUCAUUUCUUUUAUUUGGUUGUUGGGACAGUUAUAAGCAGGAUGUAGUAUAUUAUCACAUCCGUAUGACACUCAUUGUAUUUUGUGUAAAUACUGUCCCCCAUCUGUAAUAAAAGGCACAAUGUUUGCUCAGGAGCAGUAACCCAUAACAACCAAUAAGAUGUUUGCUUUUAAACAGGUGACCAAUAAAUUCUACCUGCUGAUUGGUCACUAUGGGUUACUGCUCCUCUGCAAAUAUGUGCCUUUCAUUAAAUAACCCCCUAAGUUUUGUACUCAAAUACAUGUAGGGGUCCAUAGGGUUAAUAUCCCUUAUGGAUUUAAAUCCCUACAGGUUCAGUUCCCUUAGUUGCUGGGCAGAUGUAUCUAAGUAAUAGCAUCUGGAUACUAUUGGCUAGCAGGUAGGGUGACCACUUCCUGCCUCACUUUGGUAUAGUGCUGGGAAAGGAGUGGAACUUUGCCUUUCACCUUAGGAACAAGGUGGAUGUGUGCUUUGGGCUUGAGCCCAGUUAAAGUCAGGGUACAGGGCCCCGUGAAUGAGGCAGGUGUAGCUCCUGUAACAGUAAACUAUAAGAAUGUAAGUCAGUUAUGGUUGAGCUAAAAAGAGCAAUUCUGAGCCCCAAUAUAGGAGUGGCAGUUUGGAGGUAUCUCUCCCAGACCAUAUUGCCUGUAGUGUAGGGAUCCCAGUGGAGAGGGAAUCAGGAUAAAAGAUUUCGCUACGGUGAUCCAGGCCACUAUGGGAGUGUCGCAGAGGAGAGAUUUCUUCCAAGUCUGUCCACAGAGUAGUGUCAGCCUGUGUUACGCUCUGUAUGUGAUGUUGCCCAUAUCACUGAGAAACUGCUGUGAGUAAACCCUGUGGAUGUUCAAUAAAAACUUUUUGUUUUGUUGUUUGCUAGAA